CUGGUCCUAUGACAGGAAGUUGCUAUACGGAGCAUGCGUCUGAAGCAAUAACAUUUGUUUAUUACAAGGCCGGAUCAAGAAGCUGUAAAGAAAAUGUCUGGAUUCUUCGACAACCUGCGUUGCUCAGAGUGUAUCGACUGGGGUGAGAAGAGGAACACGGUUGCCUCAAUUGCGGCUGGAGUUCUAUUCUUUACAGGCUGGUGGAUUAUCAUUGAUGCUGCAGUUAAAUACCCCAGCGCAGAGGCUCUGAAUCACUCAUACCAUGCCUGUGGGGUUAUAGCCACUGUUGCCUUUUUAAUGAUAAAUGCAGUGUCCAAUGGACAGGUGCACGGUGACGGCUACAGCGAGGGCUGUCUGGGGCAAACAGGUGCCCGUAUUUGGCUGUUUAUUGGUUUCAUGUUGGCCUUCGGCUCUCUGAUUGCAUCAAUGUGGAUUCUCUUCGGCGGUUAUGUUGCAAAAGGUGUCACAGAGGUGUAUCCUGGAAUAGCUGUGUUUUUUCAGAAUGCUUUUAUUUUUUUUGGGGGGCUGGUAUUCAAAUUUGGCCGGACUGAAGAUUUAUGGCAGUAAAUAUGUCCAAAACAUUGUAAAGCAUAUUCGUCCAACUUUUUUAAUGCACAUUCCCAACAAUAACAUAUUCAACUUUUUUGAGAUGCCAAGCUUUUCAGGUAUUUCAAAAGUGUAUAAAUAUAUGUAAUAAUAGCUGUAAAAUGUAAUAUGGGCUUUUGCACUUUGUGUUUCAAAUCAUUUCUUGUUCCUUUACAUGUGUGUUUUAUGAAAAAAUAAUAAAGUGGUUAUUCCUUGCAA